AUUGUGAGUUCAGUGGAGUUCUGAGACGUGCGAUGCUUGCGAGUGUCGCGCCAGUUUGCAGUGUAAAUAGUGGUGAAGGGUAUAAGGUUAACGAAAUUAUUGCGUGACAAAAUUGAUAUCGCGUUGUUGUGUUUUGCUACUAUUUAUUUCGGCUGACCUAUUUCGUUUAGUAAGUGAACAUUACGCGAAACAUGGAUGUCACGAUCGAAACGCCACUUGAUACGCAACGUGUCUCGUAGUUCUUUUUUGUUUUUGUUGUAUUUUUUUUCGUGUUUUUUUCUUGUACAUUGUAACACGAAACUUGAACAAUAACAGUGGUGAGGGAAAUACGGAAUAUUUACUAGUUUUCCUGCACUAUUUCACGAUCUUCGUUGCGAACAUUCUCAACGUGUUAUGUCAAAAAAUCAGCAGAUUUUUCCUUCCCACAUCGGAUAUGCAAGACAGAGAGGUUUUUCAGGAAGUUGAAAGUUCUUCAACUUCCACUCGGAAUUCUAGAGAUAUGAAAAUUUUGAGGAAGCUUAUACUCGAAAGUGAUGAAAAAUUACGAAAUUUUCUUCAUUUAAAAAAUCGAAGAAAACAAAAACCAACACAAAUCAUUGAAAAUGGCAAUAAAUCAAAAAACAUAGAGGAAAAAAGAACUGCAGUUGCAAAACCUAUUCGGCUGCCUCUUGUAGAGAAAAAUGAUUACGUAGAAAAAUGGAUUCUUUCAAACAAAGUACAUUUUUCAAACCAGUCCCCUGAAAAAUCUAGUUUGAGCUCUCCAGGGUCAAAAUAUAAACGUGGAAAGCACCCUGCCGCAUCUCCUAUUUCUAUCAGAAGAGCCAAGUAUCGGAUAAGUCAACAUAAUGGGUUGGAGACCACAGGGAAGUUGAGAUUUGGAGAAACUCACAAUGGAAUCAAUGGAACACUAAUGGAAAACAAUGGCGGAACUCUUCAGUCAAAUUCCUCAACUUUGGACCCUAUCAAUAGGUCACGACAGACCUUUGGGCUACAAGAACAUCCGAGUGACCAUAAACUUGUUAUUCGGAAAGCUAGAAAUUCAGAAAUUCUAGCUCCUUGUACACCAAUGAUUAUCGACUCAAAAAUGAAUCGAUGGUCGUGCAAUGAGAAAGCUAAUAACAAAAAAAUUUUGGAUUCAAGAAUAAACUUGAAAAAAAAUUUAGGUUGUCCGAGUUCCAGUGAAAUUCAGGAUGAAUCCCCACUGCGAUGGAUCGGAUAUGAGAGCCCGCCGGUAGAAAUAGAAAAUCUUGUAAAAACCUGUAGAAAACCAUUUUCCAAGAAUUUUUCUCGACUCAGAGGAAACGGUUGGAAAAAAUUAUCUCCAGAAUCUCCAAUGAGAUUGAAUGGUUACGAAAUUCAGGACUCGUCGCCUUCCUCUUCUAUCGUGUUGAAGUCGAAUCAAGCUCAAAGUUGUUGUAGUCCUGAAGGGAUUAUUUAUAGUCCAAUUUCUUCAAGAAAUUCUAUCAAGCGUGUUCACGAAAUCGUACCCGAUUCCGAAGCCGGGUCUCCUCUUCGAUGCGCAGAUGACCAGCCUCAAGUACGUUAUACCGAAAAAUUAGCUCCGAAUCUGGCUCUUUCUUCGCCAAUGAACGAAGCCGAGCGCAUUAUAAAUCCAAGUUCAUCCAGCGAAUCCGACGGAAUUUUAAUUUUCGAAGACGAAAAUUCGCCGGGGGAAAAAGAUUCCAAAAAGUCGAGGAGACAACGAAAUUAUGGAAAUCUCGAAGCUGGAACUCCUCUGAGAUGGAGCGGAUACAAAUUUUCAGAAUCUUGUCACUUACAGGACGUUUCUGUGCCGAUUAACGAUGUAGAAUUAGCCACUCUGAUUCAAUCUUCAGGCAGCAAAGAAACAAUCGUCGACCUGACGAAUGAAGAACCAUUGAAAAACUGUCGGAUGACGAGAAAAACGCGCCCAGUCAAGCUGGAAAUGAUUUUUGCAUCACAAGAUGAACAAUUUUUGGCUCCCGGCCAUGCUGAUUUACCGGAAACUCGGGCCGUCUCUACUGCGUUGCCGGAUACCGAGAAAAUCGAAGUGGACUCGUUGAGUAUCAGUUUUGUCGAUGAAGAUUCCAAAAUUGACGUAGAAUCGGCGACCGGAAGUGAGCGUACGAUCGGGAGCAACAUCGAAGAUGUUCUCACCCAAAAUAUUUCCUCAAAGUCACAGGAAGCUUUGCAUUGUACCGAUGAAAAAAAAAUUCAUGUUUCGCCUCCAAGUAUCAAACCCGAAGAAUCCGAUUCUGACGCAACUUACUUCUCGGACGCCGAGAAUUAUCGAAAUGGUGCUCAAUCCGAUAAGACUCCUGAAAAAUUCCAAAUUGCUAGAGAUCUUUCGACAUUCUCCAGGAACAAAAGCGAACUCAUCAGCGAAGCCAGUUCACCGGGAUUGCACAGACAAGACAUAACGAUCAACGUUCCGAUCAACCCUCCGCCGAGGAACACGAGCAAACGAUCAAAAAAAGCAAAACAAGGCAGUUUAGCGGCAAGACUUCAAUAUCUGGUGAAUUUUCAAAUUUCUGAUUGUCAGAUAUGGCGAUACCGAAAAACUCGCGUCGACUGGCAAGAUUCUCGGGUUCAAUUCGUAAAAUUACGAAUUCGAGAGGGCGAGAUGCGAUAUUCCCGGUGUUUCUUGCUCACGUCUCUACUCGAGGACAAGCACAAAUUGUUGGACGAUUUGUGCAUGCGUGGAGAUGAAAAAGGGUGGGAUAAAGAAACGCUUACGCUAAUGAUCGUUCCCGAAAUAAACGGGACGAUGAAAAUAAGCAAAAACAGUAUCAUCAAAAUUUAUCCACCCUGGAAAACAAUGGAUCGAGGAAAAAAAUUGUUGAAUAUUGUUUAUUUCGAGGUACUCGCUCAAAACGAGAAACCCUCGUCCGAUCUGCCGCAAUUAAUGAAGGGAGAAAGAAUUUUGCAAACUUUUGAUUGUCCCUGUUUAGAAAAUCAGGCGAUCGAUCAUUCGUGUACUGUCAAAUUUACCAAUACGAAGCCAAAUAUGAUACGGGAAAUGUUUUCCGAGUCAAAAUAAACGAAUAAUAGGAAAAUUAUUGAUAGAACAAACUAACAAGAUGAAUAUAAAGUUUUAAAAAUUAUUGAACAAUUUAUUGCUUCAUAGUUAUUUUAUUAAAUAAUAGACAAGGAAUUAAUUCAUUGAGACAGUUAUCUGACGUCAUUGUCCGUAUCAUAGUUAAACAAUCGAUUGAUGAAAUAGAAAAUCGUUAUUCGACUGUCAAAUUCGGUAAGUUUUUUUUACGAAUAGUGUUGCAAGUCCACCACAAAAGGUUAAAUUAUGAAAUUACGAAAAACCGAAAAUUUUUGUUUAUUCAGAGUUGUGAUAUUCACAAAAUUUUAUUAUUGUUUUUUGUCUACCAUUUAUCAGAUGUGACGUUCAACGUUGUAAAAUAUACGUAUUUAUAUUAACAUCUGUGCUGAAAUGAAGUGUGACGAUGUCCAUAGUUUCUUCCUAUAUCAGAGUACAGAUGUGAAUCAGUUUAUGGUACAAAAUGGAUGAUGUUUUCACAUUGUUCAUGUGUUGAUAAAUAUAUAUUUUGUAAUAAUUA